AAGAGAGCAACUAGCAAGGGAUGGGUGCUGCUUUUCCUUCUCUAACAUUCCCCAUGGGAGCUUUUCUUGUUGCGUUGAGUAUUUUCUUAGUAUUGCCGGAGUUUUCAGCAGGCAUUACAAGGCAUUUUAAGUUUGAUAUUAAGUUGCAGAACGUGACACGAUUGUGUCACACAAGGAGCAUGGUGACGGUGAACGGGCGAUUCCCAGGGCCUAAGAUCGUCGUAAGAGAAGGUGACCGGGUUGUUGUGAAGGUGGUCAACCAUGUACAGAACAAUAUCACCAUACAUUGGCACGGCAUCCGACAGUUUCGCAAUGGUUGGGCCGACGGCCCAGCAUACGUAACACAAUGCCCAAUCCAGACGGGCCAAAGCUAUGUCUACGACUUCACGAUAGUGGGCCAGAGAGGCACCCUUUGGUGGCACGCUCACCACUCCUGGCUGAGGGCCACAGUCUACGGACCCUUGGUCAUCCUCCCCAAGCGUGGCAUCCCUUACCCCUUCCCCAAACCCUACAAAGAAGUUCCCAUUCUCCUGGGUGAAUGGUUUAAUGAAGACCCCGAGGCUGUCAUUGCCCAGGCCCUUCAGACCGGGGCAGGCCCAAAUGUUUCCGAAGCUUACACAAUUAAUGGUCUGCCCGGUCCCUUGUACAAUUGUUCCGCUAAAGAUACGUUCAAGCUAAAUGUAAAGCCCGGAAAGAGGUACCUCCUCCGGCUGAUCAACGCUGCACUCAACGACGACCUCUUCUUCAGCAUCGCCAACCACUCCAUGACCGUCGUGGAGACCGACGCCAGCUACGUCAAGCCCUUGCAAAUGGACACCAUCCUCAUCGGCCCAGGCGAAACCACGAAUAUUCUCCUCCACACCAAGCCCGCCUCCCCAAAUGCCACCUUCUUCAUGCUUGCGAGGCCCUACAAUACCGGUCUCGGCACCAUCGACAACACCACCGUCGCUGGCCUCCUCGACUACGCUUCCACCUCCAACAAAAACCUUUUCCCGGUAGUACUCCUCAAACCAACCCUCCCAGCUAUCAAUGACACCGCCGCCGCUGCAAACUUUAGCACCAAAUUGCGCAGCCUGGCCAGCGCGCAGUUUCCGGCCAACGUCCCCCAAACCGUGGACCGGCGCUUCUACUUCACCGUCGGGCUCGGCACCAGCCCCUGCCCCAAGAACCAGACAUGCCAAGGCCCCAACGGGACCAAGUUCGCCGCGUCAGUCAACAACGUCUCUUUUGCGUUCCCAUCCAUGGCUCUCCUCCAGGCUCAUUACAUGGAGCAGUCCAAGGGGGUCUACACUACCGACUUCCCCAAUAACCCUCCAUUCCAGUUCAAUUACACCGGGACUCCACCGAACAACACCUUCGUGACCAAUGCGACCAAGGUGGUGGCGCUGCCUUUCAACACAAGUGUGGAGCUGGUCAUGCAGGACACCAGCAUCCAAGGGGCGGAGAGCCACCCGUUGCACCUCCACGGCAACAACUUCUACGUGGUGGGGCAAGGCUUUGGUAACUACGACCCAAUGAAGGAUCCUGCCAAGUUCAACCUCGUGGACCCAGUCGAGAGGAACACCGCCGGAGUGCCGUCCGGCGGAUGGGCUGCCAUCCGAUUCCGAGCUGAUAACCCUGGGGUGUGGCUCAUGCACUGCCACUUCGACGUGCACCUGAGCUGGGGACUGAGGAUGGCGUGGGUGGUGAACGAUGGGCCGCUCCCUAGCCAGAAGCUACUACCUCCACCAUCCGAUCUUCCAAAGUGCUGAUCAUCGUGACCCCGGAUCUGGUCAAUUUUGGGGGUUUUAUUAUUGGAGUUCCUUCCUAGCUCUAAUUUAUUCCUUUUGGUCUGCCAAAUGAUCAGGCCUAUACAAGGGGCUUGAUUUGGGUUUGUUCUUUUUGUGGAGUCUUGAUGAACAACAUGUAGACGGUAACGCAGCACAUCCUGCAAGUGGGGUUUAUGUUUGUUAUGGUUUUGAUUUCUUUUUGGGUGCUCGCCAUCAAUAAAAUUAAGCUCAGUUCAUGAUCAGUUGUA